UUCAAGUCAACCCAUAUAACAACAACAAAUCCCCCUCUACCACCAAUACACCCUCAUCCACCAGCACAAUAAUCACAGCCCCCCACCAUGACCGACCAACUUCCCCACGUAUCCAACUGGAUCAACGGCGCGCACGCCGCCGCAACCCCGGAACGCAUCACGGUCCUCAACCCGGCAACCUCCACCCCCCUCGCAACCAUUGACGCCACGCCCGAGACCACAAUCGACAGCAUCAUCGAAGACUCCCUCACAACCUUCCAAAGCGGCACCUGGUCGCGCGCCGACCCCACCACACGCUUCACGGUCCUCACCACGGCCGCACGACUCCUGCGCGCGCAACUCCCGGCCCUGAUCGCCCUCGAAACGGCCCAGACCGGCCGGCCCAUCCGGGAGAUGCGCACGCAGCUCGCGCGGGUCCCCGAAUGGCUGGAAUACUUCGGGUCGCUGGCGCGGGUGCACGAAGGGUCGGUGCCACCGUUCAAGGGCCCGUCCGUGACGAACACGCUGACGCGGCAGCCGCUCGGCGUGGUCGCGCUGAUCACGCCCUACAACCACCCGCUGCUGAUCGCGAUGAAGAAGCUCGGGGCGGCGCUGGCGGCGGGGAAUACCGUCGUCGUCAAGGCGUCGGAGCUGGCGCCGCUGUCCGUGCUGCGCAUGGGCCCGCUCUUCCAGCAGGCCGGGCUGCCGGACGGGGUGCUCCAGAUCGUCAGCGGGUACGGCGCGGACACGGGCAAGUUCCUGUGUCAGCAUCCCCGACUGGCCAAGAUUGAUCUGACCGGGGGGUUGGCGACGUAUCGUGCCGUCGCGGCGGUCGCGGCCCGGAAUCUUGUGCCUGUUACUGCCGAGCUCGGCGGCAAAGCGCCUGUGUGUCUGUUUGCGAGUCUGGAGGUGGAGACGGCGGUGCGGGCGGCGUUGUUUGCGGGGUUCAUUGCCAGUGGGCAGACGUGUGUCACCGGGAGUCGGUUGUUGGUGCAUCGGGAUAUCUAUGAGGAAUUCAGGGAGGUGUUAGGGCGGAGGGUGAGGGCGUUGAGGGUGGGCGAUCCCACGGACGAGGCGACGCAGAUUGGGCCGGUGAUUUCAAGGGCGGCGGUGGAGAGAUGUGCAGCGUUUGUGGAGAGGGCGGUGCAGGAGGGUGGGAAGAUUCUCUGUGGUGGUGGUGGUGGUGGUGGUGGUGGUGGUGGUGUUUCGAGCAGGAAAGGGUUCUAUUUCGAGCCCACGGUGAUCGAGACGCAUGCGGACUCGGAUUUGGCGUGUAAUGAGGUCUUUGGACCCGUUAUCGCGCUGCUCAAGUGCGAGUCUGAGGAGGAGAUCGUGCGCAUCGCCAAUAGUACCGCCUUUGCGUUGGGGGCGUCGGUCUGGACGAAUGACUUCAAGCAGGCGCAUCGCGUGGCGGACCAGAUCGAGGCCGGCAUUGUGUGGAUCAACGGCCAUCAUCUGAAUGACCCUUCGUCGCCCUGGGGUGGUUUCAAGGAGAGUGGCAUUGGAAAGGAGAAUGGCCUGGCCGCGUACGAGAGCUACACCAAGCUCAAGAGUACGGUGGUCAACUAUGGGGUGCCGCCGGUUUGGUUCGAUGACGAGCCCAAAGAUGCGCGGUAUGGCUAGGGCCGAGACGGUGUCUGUGUCCGGCUGUAAAUGUUUGUUCGACGCUAGAUUGCGAGUCUCCAAUUCAACUCCUUCGUUUCUAAGGGAGGCUACGGGUCUUGUUCAUGUGCUCAAUAACUUAGUAUGCAGCUGGUUGCUGUUAUCUCAUUCCACGAAAAGCCCCCGUCUCUGCCAACCCGCUCUGAUAUAGCGCCAAUGUGUAUGCCCAAGCAAGGUGCAAAAUAGAUACAAUGGAAGAUACGCUACUCUUUCGCCUGUAGAUCACCCACACAACCGCGUAGUUCAUCCUGAAGCAUCCAGUCCAGUCUUUCCAGGGUUCAACACCCUGCCAACUAGUCCAAUGCACGUGUCGCCUCGCGACGAGCAAUGUAGGCCUGACGCUCCGCCGCCCACUCGGGACUCAACUGCGACAGAGGCGUGGGGAUGUACUCAUUCUCCCAGACGUCCGGAUCGACCGUCCUGAUCUUCGCAUUCUUGGGCAG